CCAUUGGCUGUCGUUGGUCACGUGUUUCUUCUGAAGAUGGCGUCUCCUAAUGGAGGUGAUGAUUUUGAGUCGUCUUUGCUGAGUUUUGAGAAGCUGGACAGAGCGUCGCCAGACUUGUGGCCAGAGCAGUUGCCCGGAGUUGCAGAAUUUGCAGCAUCUUGUAAAAAUCCCAUCACUAACUCGCCACCUAAAUGGAUGGCGGAACUGGAGAGUGAGGACAUUGAAAUGUUGAAAGAGCUGGGUAGUCUGACCACAGCCAACCUGAUGGAGAAGGUCAAAGGGCUUCAGAAUCUCGCGUACCAGCUGGGUUUAGAGGAGUCCAGAGAGAUGACCAGAGGGAAGUUCCUGAACAUCUUGGAGAGGCCCAAGAAGUGACGAUUCUUCAUGCAAAGCGACCGGAAAUGUUGAGGAUUUCAAGGUGAUUCUUAUCUCUGCCGGUACGCGAUGAACACAUUCACAGUUCAAAGACUUUUCAAACCUUAAAUCGGAGCAAAAAAAAAAA